GGUAAUUUAGUAACAUCCCCUCAUUCCGGUCGCAACCCUAAUAAAGAUUUCAGGCACCCCCAAAUCAACCUGUCGUGUAGGGUUUUUGGAAACACCGAAGAAGGGCUGAGCUCCAACGAAAUCCUCUGCAGUGCGCGAGAGAAGUGUCAUUUCUUAGUUGCUCUGCAAGCCUAUUUAAUUAGAUACAUAAGAUGCCGAGGACAAGAGCAAGUUCUGCUGCAACUAAGUCAGAUGAACCUGAAAAGCCUGUUGAGUCAGAGGAGAGGGUAGAUCUUGAUGAAGACAAUGAUCUUGAGGAGACAGUAGAGGAGGAGGUUGAGUAUGAAGAAGUAGAAGAAGAAGAAGAGGAAGUUGAAGAGGUAGAAGAAGAGGAAGAGGUUGAAGAGGUAGAGGAAGAGGAAGAGGAAGAAGAGGAGGAAGAGGCUGAUGCAGCAGAUGGGGCCGAUGCAUUAAAAGGCUCUGGUGGUGAUGUGAACAUGAAACCUGCUGAGGAAUUUGAAGAAAAGCAUGCUGAGCUUCUUGCACGGCCUCCUCAUGGGUCAGAGGUGUACUUGGGUGGCAUUCCGCAAGAUGCUUCUGAGGAGGAUCUGAGGAGCUUUUGUGCGUCUGUUGGUGAAGUCACAGAGGUUCGGAUAAUGAAGGGAAAGGACUCAAGUGAGAACAAGGGUUAUGCCUUUGUCACCUUUAGAACAAAAGAAUUGGCUACUAAAGCCAUUAAGGAGCUUAAUAAUACCGAAUUGAAGGGGAAAAAGGUCAAGUGCUCUACAUCUCAAGCAAAGAAUAAAUUGUUCAUUGGUAAUGUUCCGAGAAACUGGGGGGAGGAAGAUAUGAAGAAGGUUGUAGCUGGGAUAGGACCUGGAGUUACUACAGUCGAACUGCUGAAGGACCCAACAAACUCCAGCCGCAACCGUGGAUUUGCAUUCAUCGAGUAUUAUAACCAUGCUUGUGCAGAAUAUUCAAGACAAAAUAUGUCAAAACCUGAAUUUAAGCUUGAUGAUAAUGCUCCAACUGUAAGUUGGGCGGACCCCAAAAAUGCAGAGUCUUCAUCUGCUUCACAGGUUAAAGCAGUUUAUGUGAAGAAUUUGCCUAAGAACAUUACCCAAGAUCGACUAAAAGAGCUGUUUGAACAUCAUGGGAAGAUCACAAAAGUUGUUCUCCCUCCUGCUAAAGCAGGGCAAGAGAAGAGCAGAUUUGGUUUUGUUCACUUUGCUGAAAGGUCAAGCGCCAUGAAGGCUCUAAAAAACACCGAGAAAUAUGAGAUAGAUGGUCAAGUUCUGGAGUGCUCUCUUGCAAAACCACAGGCCGAUCAAAAAUCUUCUGGAGGGCCUAGUUCACAGAAGUCAGCCCUGCUCCCGAGCUUCCCACCUCGUCUUGGUUAUGGUUUAGUUGGGGGUGCCUAUGGCUCUGUUGGCUCUGUAGGCACUGGAUAUGGUGGUUCUGGAUUUGCACAACCAUUGAUCUAUGGAAGAGGACCUACUCCAACUGGCAUGGCGAUGAUGCCAAUGCUUUUGCCUGAUGGAAGAAUCGGAUAUGUCUUGCAACAACCAGGGGGACAGCCCAACACCCCGCCGCAGCCGCAGAGAGGUGGCAAGAGUGGUGGUGGAGGAGGUUCAAGUGGUGGACGACGUGGCAAUGAUAAUGGUCGGGGACGCAGCCGAUACAAUCCCUACUAAUUUAUUUGCGAUGCUGCUCUUGAACGCAGUUGUCACAGAAGAAAGAUAAUCAGGGAAGCCUUCCCAUAUGUGCUUCAAAGUGCAUUUAUGUUGGUUAACCCAGAAAGCUCGAAAGUUGAAACCUUAUUUUGUAAAGAAUCCUUAGUUCUUGUCAAUGUACGAUGUUUUAAGACCUUGUAACGAGAUGUUGCGACAAAACUGCAAUCAGACUCUCUGGCUAUUGACACCUUGGA